CGCGCUUCUUCUCUUCCCGCGCGCGCACUAGUGGGAGUGAAAGGGGGGGCGACGAGUUAAGAGAUCAGUGGCAAUGAGCAACACAGUCUCUACGACGUUGUUAAAUCUGCUCCGGUUCAAAGACACGGUCAGAACUUUCUAUUAGGUCCGUCACGGAGGCACAGAACGGCAGUCCCGGGCAGCGGAGGCUGAGAGCGGGGAGCGAGAUGGGCAGCGCGUCUUCGGCGUAUCGGAUGAUUUACCUGGAGGUGGACGGACGCGUUCAGAAGGUGGUUUUCAGCCGCUUCUGCAGCCCAUGUGAUAUAAAGGAGCUGUUCUGCACGGCCACAGGGCUCUCCAGGAACACAAGCAUUUCCCUUCUGGACUCAACAGGAGCGAUGGUUUCUAUCGACCCAACAAUGCCAAACAACACAGAGAGGUCACCGUACAAAGUGGUGCCCGUAACUGGCAGCCAACUUGCAGAUAAAGAGGAGCUGUUCCAGAAUGUUCUGACACAGGUGGCGGAGCAGUUCUCCAGGGCGUUUAAAAUCAACGAACUGAAAACUGAGGUGACGAAUCGCCUAGCCAUGCUGGAGAAGAGAGUGGAGUUGGAAGGGAUGAAGGUGGUGGAGAUAGAGAAAUGUCGCAGUGACAUCAAGAAGCUGCGGGAGGAGAUGGCUUCCAGAAACAACAGUAGUUUCCUAGAAGACAACAAGAAGUUAACUCCUCGCAGAGAUGUGCCUUCAUACCCAAAGUACCACCUGUCGCAGGACACAGUAGAGGCUCUGAAGCAGCCGCUCUUCGAUGUGUGGCAGUGGGAGUCUAAUGAGAUGCUGAGUUGCCUGGAGCACAUGUAUCAUGAUCUUGGUCUGGUGAAGGACUUUAAUAUUAACCCCAUCACACUUAAGAGAUGGCUGCUUUGCAUCCAUGACAAUUACAGGAACAACCCUUUUCACAAUUUCCGCCACUGUUUCUGCGUCACUCAGAUGAUGUACAGCAUGAUCUACCUCUGCGGCCUACAGGAAAAGUUCACGCAAGUGGAUAUUUUGAUUUUGAUGACCGCGGCGGUGUGUCAUGAUCUGGACCAUCCUGGGUACAACAACACCUAUCAGAUAAACGCGCGCACAGAGCUGGCUGUGAGGUACAAUGACAUCUCUCCUCUGGAGAACCAUCACUGUGCUGUGGCCUUCCAGAUCUUCUCUCAGCCAGACUGCAACAUCUUCGCCAGCUUCGAUCCAGAAGCCUUCAAACAGAUUCGUCAGGGAACCAUCACCUUGAUACUGGCAACAGACAUGGCCCGACAUGGAGAGAUCAUGGACUCUUUCAAACAGAAAGUGGACAGCUUUGACUACAAUAAUGAGGAGCAUGUUACUUGUCUGAAGAUGGUGCUGAUCAAGUGUUGCGACAUAUCUAAUGAGGUUCGGCCCAUGGAAGUGGCAGAGCCCUGGGUCGACUGUCUCCUGGAGGAGUACUUCAUGCAGAGUGACAGAGAAAAGGCAGAAGGUUUACCUGUGGCUCCUUUCAUGGACCGAGAGAAAGUGACCAAACCCACGGCUCAGAUCGGCUUCAUCAAGUUUGUCCUGAUCCCCAUGUUCGAGACAGUGAUGAAGUUGUUUCCUCAGAUUGAGGAGGUAAUGGUGCAGCCUUUGCGAGAGUCCCGGGACAAAUACGAGGAGCUCAAACAGAUAGACGAUGCCAUGAACGAGAUGCAGAAAAAGAAAACAGAAAAUGUAACAAUGGGAGGAAAAAAGAAAUGAGUAAGCUGGAUUCGCCAUCAGAGUAAGUGGGAAAUGAGUGUCUCUCCAAAGCAUCAUUCAGGGAAUUGUUGAACCAUGUACAGCUCAGCUAUGAACCAUUUGUGUUGUUUUUAUUUGGUUUUGUAAAAGUAUAAACAUUAUACAGGAUGUACAGAUUUUUAGUCACUUUUAUUCAGAAAACAAUAAAGUCUAACUUUAUGAAAAACUGAAACCCCA